AUGGGGGCUGCAUAUUCCUUGGUCGGCGUAUCUUACCAUAUUGCGCAUGGUGGGUCACGGAAGAACCACUUCGUCACUCAACUGCGUGUCAGAGGAAGAUGGCACAAGUACGACUGCCUGGCGGGAGGAGCCGUAACUUCUACAGACACCUUCGAUGCCGACUGGAACAGCUCGUCGCAGUGUAUGCUGGCGUACCUUAAGACUUCUUUGUGCGUCGCCACCCCACCGCUGUACACGCGACACGAGGAACAACAUCAUAACAGCCCUUCUGGGCGACAACCGGGCCACCGUCAUCACGCCGACGACAGCAGCCCUUCGGGCCGGAAUCAUCAACGCCCCUCGCAGCAUUCGCCACAAAGCCUUUCAGGAAGGACUACAUCGCCCUGUGGGGACCGUUCUAUCGACGAUCGCAGCUCCACGGAUGCCGGGGAUGCCGUCUUCGAUUCUUUUGGCGACAUGUGUAUCAGUCCCUCAGGCCGAACUUUCUAGUUGUUUGUCUUCCUGUGUCUACUGUAUGUAGACGUUGCAUUUCGUGUUUCCCGAGGAUCGGAUGUAUGUGUUU